UGUCACUGGUUGAGCUUCUGUUACGUAAGCCGCUUGAUGCUGUGACCACCGGGCAGGAGCUUCAAGAUUUGCCCUUCCAGACCUAUUGAGGCAGACUGUGGGCCGAAGAUCAAGCAGUUUCCAUAGGAAGGAUUUUGAAGCGCAAAGAUGGCGGCUUCCUUGCUGAGGAUAGGGCGACUUGGCUCUCUCAAGUGCGUGCAGGCGGAGAGCUGGAACUCUUUGAGAGCUCCUGCAGCUGUUGCCCUAUGCACGAAUGCUGGUGGUCCCAAGAAGCCCAAGAAGAGCAGUUCAGAGACUCAACUGGACCCCAUCCAGAAGCUAUUCCUGCAUUCGAUCCGCGAGUAUUCCUCAAAGAGCGCGGCUAGUGGUGGUUUGGUAGAUGCAGGCCCUGCAUAUGAGAAGAACUUGGCAGAAGAGCUGACUAAACUCCAGAGGCUGUAUGGUGGUGGUGACCUCACAGCUUUCCCAGAGUUCAAGUUCCCAGAGCCCAAGUUGGAGGAAGUUGCUCCCAAGUAAACAUCACCAGUCAACUUUUCUGUUGUCUUUUCCUGUCAAUCUGUUCUUUGAAGCGGACAUCUAGUAAUAAAUUAGGUAGGCUACUAUAGCAAAUCAAGGCUAAAAUAAUCAUUCAUUUUGUUUGUGGGGUAUAGAGCUGUUUCCGUAUAUCUAGAGAUUCUCUUGCAAAUUAGUCUGUAUUAGACGCACGUGUUGGAGGACAAGCUGAUGCUGCGCUUUGAGCUGUGAAAUAUGCUUUUGCAUAGGAUGAAGAUCUAGAAAUGUUUAAGUUGGAUAAGGGAAAAAAUAAACUGAUCCAUAUUGUUUUA